ACGGAAGUACCGGCGUGUGACCCGGAAGUAGAAAGAUAUCCUUGUUGUAGUUUAUCGCCACCUUCUGAGUCUGGUCAAGUGUCGCAACAGGUGGCGCUACUACUAGUUCGGACCAGGUUUGGCCACAUUUAACUUUUUUGCCAAACUUUUAACUUCGUGAAACCGACGAGAAAUACCAUAUUGCAUUAACACAAAGAGAAGCCGUGUCUGGUGUGAAGUCUGAGAUGAUGACCCCAUGGCUGCGAAUUCACUCAACAUUUACAAAGCUGCACCAUUCCCUGGGUGUUUUGGUGAAUUUUCGACAAGGCAGCAGCCUCAGACCUGGCCCUCUGCUCUCUGCUGACCCCUGCAGGGCGCUCGUUGAUGAAAAGAUGUGGAUUAGAGCCCGUUUCCUGCCCCCUCUGGCUCCGGUCACUUUGUCCACUCAGAUGUUCUGUGAGGACGGAGACCUGUGGCAGUCCUACGCACACUACAACACAGACUCAGAGGGAACUGUUGACUUGUGCACACAUUCUUCAGUGGGGGGCUCGUUCGUCGGCUGUGAACCGAUGGGGCUGUUCUGGAGUCUGGCUCCGGCUCCAGGAGAGAGAGAGGGACUAAGGUUGAGAAAGAGGAACAUGCACACUCCCUAUGUGUUUAAAGUGUCUGUUUUGGAGGGUCACGUUUCUCCAAGCCAUCGGGGAGCAGAGCGCACAGAGCUGGCCUCCAUCUCCACUGAGCGCUGGUACAUGGCUCCAGGGGUUAAGAGGAUCGAGAUCCGACAAAAUGGACUUGUAGGGACCUUAUUCCUACCCCCAGGUCCUGGUCCAUUCCCGGCCAUUUUAGAUCUUUGGGGGAUAGCAGGAGGUUUGGUGGAGUACCGCUCGGCUUUGUUAGCAUCCAGAGGCUAUGCUAGCUUCUCCCUGACAUACCUUGGGCACAAGGAUCUGCCCGGGCCGCUAAAUACAAUCAAUGUUGGGAACACGUACUUCAAGGCAGCAUUUAAGUUCCUCCAGGAUCAUGAUCAGAUUUGUCGGGACAGAGUGGGGAUCGUGGGCGUUUCUUAUGGAGGUUACCUGGCUCUGAGGACAGCCACUUUACCUGAAGUCAAGCCAUCCUGUUUGAUUUGCAUAAAUGGACCAGUGGGCAGCAUCGUUCCACUCACUGAUGAUGAAGGGAGAGCUGAAGACUUCAAUUUUAACCAAAAACGCUGGAAUUUCAACGAUGAUGGCCAUGCCGCUUUCAAGGACAUCUCACUCCCGGCGAAUCUACCACCAUCACACAUAGUCAAGAUGGAGAAGAUUCCUUGUCCGGUCUUGUACAUUGUCAGUGGGGAUGAUUUGAAUUUGUAUCCUGAAGAGAACGCAGAUCUGCUGGAGCAGACCCUAAACGCCUGUGGUAAGGGUCACCUGUUCACCCGCCUGUCGUGUCCUGGAGCCGGGCACCUUGUCGAGCCACCGUUUUCCCCCAGCGCCCGAAUGUCUCUGUGGACCGUCAAACCAAAGAAAGUGUUUGCUCUUUGGGGUGGACAGCCAGCCCCUCACGCUGUGGCCCAGGAGGACGCAUGGAGAAAGGUGCACCAGUUCAUGGAAACUCACCUCAGAGGAGACAGAAGGACCCUGUGAUCAACACUUUCAGUGGUCCUGUUUAGGAGUUGGACAACAAAAGGUGAGAGUGACUAGUUAGAUUGUGACUGUAAUGUUAUUUGAUAGGAACUUGUUUAACAGCACAAAUAAUCUCACCUGUUCUAGUUCCAGCUAAGUCACUUCUUUGUGGUUACAUUGUGUUUAAAACACUAAAAACUAAACUGUUAACCUGAGGUCAAAGAAAUGUCAUUUUGUUUGUAAAUUAUGGGUGACCAAUGAGCUUCUUUGUUUCACACGCGUCAUUCUGGAUUUGCCAGGCAAGGAUUUUGACUGACAGUAUCCACUGCACUAGAUCCCAUUAUGUGUGGUCAUUCAGGUAUUAAACUGUCAUUCAGAAAAUAUUUUAUGACUGAUUAUGUCUAAAAACCUGUUUACUCUGUACUGUAGACCUCUACAAAUGAAAUAUCUCAUGCAUUCUGAAUACAUUUUUAAAUCCAUGCUUAUACUUUAUUGUAUGUGCAUAUUAUUUAAUUUUCGAUCUGUUCAACAGAUCUUAAACAAAAAUAAGGAUAAAAUCUGUGAAAAUCAGUGUUUUAGCAUCAUGAGUAUGGGAUUCUUGUAUUUUAAGUCUUUUCUCAAAUGUUCAUGCUCCUGGAUGUAUUUCAAAUG